CCUGGCACCAGGAAGUCGCGUGGCGGGCGCGGCCGAAGUAGCAAGAGAACAUGAGCACGCUGCGCAGGCUGCAGGAGACGCCACGGCACUUACUGGUCUGCGAGAAAUCCAACUUGGGCCACGCCAAGUCGCGCCACCGGCAGCUCGUGGAGACGCACUACUAUAACUACCGGGUUUCCUUUCUCAUUCCUGAAUGUGGGUUGUUAUCCAAAGAACUAAAAGACUUCAUCAAGGAAAUUGGGCCCUAUUACUCUGUGCAGAACUUACCUCUUCAUGAAUUAAUUGCACAUGAAUUCAUCAGCACCUUCGUACAGAAAGGUCCAUGCUACGCACUAUCAUACAACACAGGCAUUGAUGAAGAUGAUACUGCCGCCCUGCUGCCAAAUGGGAAGUUAAUUUUAUCACUGGAUAAAGACACUUAUGAGGAAACUGGGCUUCAAGGUCAUCCUUCUCGGUAUUCUGGCAGAAAAAUUAUGAAGUUUGUUGUUUCCAUUGAUUUGAUGGAUUUAUCCCUUAACCUGGAUUCUAAGAAGUCUGAAAGAAUAUCUUGGUGCCUGAAAGAAAAGAAACCUAUGAAAUUUGAUUUUCUUUUGGCCUGGCAUCAUACAGAAUCAGCAGGAGAAUCAACAAUGAUGUCAUACUUCUCCAAAUACCACAUUCGGGAGCAUCAGCCAAAAGUGGCACUGAGCACCGUGACCGAGCUGCCGUGCCCAGUGCUGCAGAGCAGGGAGCUCAGGGGCAAGCCGGAGGAAAGCUGCAGUGCCCCGGAGCUCCUCGACUGGCUUGGCGCUGUCUUCUGCGGAGCUGACCUAAAUAAUGAACCUAGUGACUUCAUAUCAACAUACUGCUGCCCCCAGCCAAGCACAGUGGCGGCCAGAGCUUGUCUGUGUUCCAUCACUGGGCUCAUACUUCCGGAGGAGAUACAGGUGCUCCUGGAGCAGCUGAGUCACUACUUUGAUGAACCGAAGUUGGCUCCAUGGGUCACCUUGUCAGUUCAAGGCUUUGCAGACAGCCCUGUCUCGUGGAGAGAGAACGAACAUGGUUUUCGAAUGGGAGGAGAGCACUUAUACAACUUUGUAAUUUUUAAUAAUCGGGACUAUUGGCUUCAGAUGGCUGUUGGGGCAGACGAUGACUGCCCACCAUAAAGAACACAAAGUUUA